AUGGCGGGAGCGCUGAUUCGAAAUGCCAUCGAGACCGGAGCUCCGCUGUAUAAUGCCGGUCAGGUGGCAAUGUGCGCUCGUAUCUACGAGGAUACAGCAAGAAAACUCUUGCUGGACCAGCGGGCCGAGCUGCGGGAGCCUGUGGCGAAAUCCCUCACAGAUGCGCUGACAGUAGCUGGUGCGCUGGGCUCUUUGCCAGGGCCUUCUGAGGCCGACCAGCUUGCGUGGGCCUUCCGCCGCGCCUUUGAUGAGCAACUUGAGGCACCAUGCCUGUGCCGGGGUAUGGCAGGCGGCAGGUGGGAGGCGGCAGCGGCGAUUCCCAAAGCUGGAUCACCUCCGCAAGGCGCCACUGACGCUAAAAGCGUCAUUGCUGCGGCUAUCCAGAAGGGUGUGCCGCUGUACAAUGGCGGAAAUCCCGACGGCUGUGCACAGGUCUAUUCGGAAGCGGCGAAAAGGCUCCUCGACGGAGGAUCGCUGGGGUCGGGCGCCCGUGCCACCCUCCAGCGGGCACUCGACUCUCUGCAGCAGCUACCCAACGCCGACUCGAGAGCGUGGGAGCUCCGCCGAGCACUGGACGCCGUGGCAAAGGCCGACUCCCAGCCCUCACCGUCGGAAAGUGUCCCGGCACCGGCGAUGAUCCGAGACUUCUCGGCAAAGCGCGGGCUGGAGGUUGCCGGUUUCAUCGUGAACGACACCGUCAUGGGCGGCCGCUCUGACAGCGAGCUGGUGAUGUCCGACCAGGGAGCUGUCUUUCGUGGCACGGUCACCAAGCGUGGCGGUGGUGGCUUUGCCUCCGUUCGAUUUCAGCCGCGGGACCGCGGGGCCUUCCUGGCCAUGUUGCGCUCGGCCACAGGUGUAGCGCUGAAGAUCCGGAGGAUACAGGGCUGCGCGAGCUGGAAACUGCAGCUGAACAGCCAGCAAGAGAAACAGUGGCAGCAGGACUUCAUGGUCAGCGAGGCCAACACGCCUCAGGACAUUCGGGUUCCCUUGUCGGCUAUGUGGCCGACCUGGCGUGGGCGUGUCGUCGGAGGCUGCGGACUGGGCGGACGCGACCUGGAGGACAUCCAGGGCUUCGGCUUCAUGCUGUCCUUCCUCUCCGCCGAUGGUUCAAACAAUGCAGCCUUUCAGGAGGGUCAGUUCGAGUUGCAUAUCCUCGCCAUCAGCACUUACUGA